GCAAGCAAGCCAGAGGAGGGCACCGUGCAGAGCUCAGGAGCAAUUCUGAGGGAAAAUAUCGGAUCAUAAAAGAAUCAAGAGAUCCUCGUUUUGACCGAUUAUAAUAUAUGUCUUUACCAGCUCCUCAGGCGUCCGUGUCUCCCCUUCUCUGCAGCAACAUUGGCAACAAAAACAGUUUCCACAACACGCCAUCUUCUCUGUUGUGUCAUGCUGCGUUCAGGUUGUAUUGUUAAACCGUAAAGUUUGUCUAAGUUUGAAAGAUCAAAUGGGUGGAAGAACCUGGAAAAACACAUUUAGCGGGCAGUACAUCGGACAGGACGUUAUAUAGCAAAUAAGAAGUCGUUGUGUCCUAACAUUUGAUUCUAAAUAUUUGUUGAUAAUAUAAUUUCUAGGUUUGAACGUUAAUAUUUCCUAUGCCAUCUAAAUGCAUCAUGAGAUCCUACCGUUUCAUGUGACGCCAAAGGCGGAAGAUUGUUCAAAAGAGUCAAACCUGCGUGUAAUUUUCGCACAAGCCUUUAUUCUAUCAUAAACACAUCCCAUACUCUUAAAAUACAUGCGUGCAUGCAUAUUUGGUAAAUUAUUACCCCAUUGAUAUUGCAAAGAAAGCCAUUUAAUUAGUUAACGAGCUGAUUUUGUAAUUGUGCAUAUCGUAUUUUAAUUCCCUUAAAAAAAUGAAUAUUCCAUGCUAAAUGUGUUGCCCGUGGGGAAACCCGAUAAACCAUUAUUCUUAUGAAAAACUAAAGUUUACUUUUAACUUUAAUAUUAAGAUUCAACAUUGACAAGAAUGUGCAUUCAUUUCAAUCAACUCAACUAAAUUCAGACGCUCAUACUGCUGCGUGACGUUUCUCUAGGCCUAUGUUAUUUAGUGAGACAUGUGUCAUAUCGAGUGUUUCAUUUUUAGAGUCCGGGUCAGUUUCAUUAAAAAAAUGAUACAAAAAUCGUCUUUACAACGUUUUCACGAACCCACACGAGGAGAGAACUGCGCUGCUUUCAUCCGUGCUGGAGAAGAAACGGCGGGUGUAAAUGCAGCACGGUGUCGUCAACGCCCACCACACGGCAUCACUGCUUCGGGUACGAGGGAGCUCUCGGUUUUUUGGUGUUUCCCACGCUGACCCAGCUAAUGCUCAGUAUUGGGUGGCAGACGCUCUGUGAGAGGAACAGACUUUAACACAACACCGGCAAGACAACCGGCAGGUGGAGGUGGGAGAUGCACUGUUUGCCUUUUCGUCCCAGCAUAAACAGAACGUAACUGGGUUUAGCUUCAGGCUCGGUGCGGCACAACGUAGCCUGACUUACUUCUGUGUGUCUUUCGCCCAAUGGGUUAACAUCGCUCGUGGGGCACGUAGCUAACUUUAGCCGUGCUCAGCCAAGAGAACUAGCAGGCUCUAAAUAAGUUUACUACCAUACUUUGAAUGUGUCUGUGCGCGCGCAUGUGUGUUAGACAUGGGUAUAAAAAGAGCGGCUCGUGGCACUCGGUGGCACUUUGUGGGGCCUAAAGUUUCCCCAAAUAUCUGUCCAGAGAUCAGCCAGUUUCAAGCUAAUGCUUGUUGUGAAGUGAUCGUUACGGUAGGAUAUGGGGGGGUUAAGAAGUUAACUUAAAUUUGAAUUUGCACCCUAAUCUGUCAAAUUACGAACUUAUUGUGAAUUGUUUAACUUUUUCAUCACGUUGUAUGAGAUGGUACUUUGUCAACAAAAUCUAGUCAAUAAUAUUUGACACAAUUUUGAAUAGGCUGUCGGUUUUACUUUCGUUCCCAUGUAAAAAAAAAAAAACAAAGCAAAAAGGGUUGCUCUCAUGUUGUCUAAGUAACGUUAUAGCUGACGAUCUCAACUUAUUGACGGAAAGGGUUGUUUUGUGUAUUAUUUUCUUCGCAGUAUAAUUUGCCAUCAUGGUGAACCAGGUUCAGCGAGCGGACGGGAGUUUGCAGUCAUGCAAGAGCGACUCCAGCGGGGCCAGCAACAGCGGGGAGAGCUCCAAGGAGAGCUCCCGGUGCUCCACGCCGGUGCUGGACGCAGACCGCUCCGACAGGCUGCGGGACAAGAUGCGGAGGAGGAUGGAGUCCGGAGACCGCUGGUUCUCGCUGGAGUUCUUUCCUCCCCGCACAGCCAGUGGAGCUGUCAACCUCAUCUCAAGAUUCGACCGUAUGGGCACCGGGGGGCCCCUGUUCAUUGACAUCACCUGGCAUCCAGCAGGGGACCCGGGCUCAGACAAGGAAACCUCCUCUAUGAUGAUUGCCAGCACAGCAGUCAAUUAUUGUGGCCUGGAGAGCAUCCUCCACUUGACCUGCUGCAACCAGACCAAAGAGAAGAUCACUGGCUACCUGGCCAAAGCUAAGCACCUGGGCCUCAAGAACAUCAUGGCACUAAGGGGAGACCCAGUGGGAGCAGGCUGGGAGGAAGAGGAGGAAGGCUUCAACUACGCCACCGACCUUGUUAAACAUAUCCGAUCAGAGUUCGAAGACUACUUUGACAUCUGUGUUGCUGGCUACCCCACAGGCCACCCAGAGGCAGAGAGCUAUGAGGAGGAUCUCCGACACCUGAAGGAGAAGGUGGACGCCGGAGCAGACUUCAUCAUCUCCCAGCUGUUCUUCAGGGCAGACACUUUCCUCAAGUUCCUGGAUGACUGCAGGGCGAUUGGUAUCACCUGUCCCAUCCUACCUGGAAUCUUCCCCAUUCAGGGUUACCAGUCUCUGCGUCAGCUCGUCAAGUUGUCGAAACUGGAGAUACCAGAGGAGAUCACCAGAGUCAUCGAGCCCAUCAAAGAUAACGACGCUGCUAUCCGUAACUACGGAGUCCAGCAGGCGGUGGAGAUGUGCCGCGUGCUGCUGGACAGCGGCAAGGUACCAGGCCUCCACUUCUACACGCUGAAUCGAGAGGUCGCCAUCAUGGAGGUUCUCCGACAGCUGGGCCUUUGGAUAGAGGACCCCAGGCGGCCUCUUCCCUGGGCAGUGAGUGCUCAUCCCAAACGGAAGGUAGAAGAUGUCCGACCCAUCUUCUGGGCAUCCAGGCCCAAGAGCUACAUCUACAGGACCCAGGACUGGGACGAGUUCCCCAACGGCAGAUGGGGAAAUUCCUCGUCUCCAGCCUUUGGCGAGUUAAAUGACUACUACCUGUUCUACUUAAAGAGCAAGUCAUCCAAAGAUGCUCUGCUGCAGAUGUGGGGCGAUGAGCUGAUGAAUGAAGAGAGCGUCUAUGAGGUCUUUACCUGCUACAUCACGGCCCAACCAAACAGCAACGGACACAAGGUGAUGUGUUUGCCAUGGAAUGAUGAGCCUUUGGCCCCAGAGACCAACCUGCUAAAGGACGAGCUGGAGAAGGUGAACAGACGAGGAGUCCUCACCAUCAACUCGCAGCCCAACAUCAACGGCAAACCCUCCGCAGACCCCAUCGCAGGCUGGGGGCCUGCAGGAGGCUACGUCUUCCAGAAGGCCUAUCUGGAGUUCUUCACCUCCAGUGAAAAUGUGACCGCUCUCCUCAAAGUACUAAAGAAGUAUGAGCCCCGUGUCAACUACCACAUCGUUAAUGUGCACGGCCGAAAUCUGACCAAUGCCCCGGACAUGCAGCCCAACGCGGUGACGUGGGGGAUCUUCCCUGGCAGGGAGAUAGUUCAGCCUACUGUAGUGGACCCAGACAGCUUCAUGUAUUGGAAGGACGAGGCCUUCGCCUUGUGGAUCGAGCAGUGGGCCAAGCUGUACGAAGAUGAGUCUCCUUCACGCAUGAUCAUCAAGUACAUCCACGACAACUACUUCCUGGUCAACCUGGUGGACAAUGACUUUCCUCUGGAGAGCUGUCUGUGGCAGGUAAUCGAUGAUAUGUUCAAGAUGCUCGAUGCACCUCCAGAGCCUGAAGACGGAACAGUCUCUGAAUAAAAUUUUAAAAUCUGUUUUUAGGGACAGAAAGAACACUAUGGAAUUAUUGAUAUUCUAUGCAUUGCUUAAAAAAAGCUGUUACUUACAAUACAGAGCAUAGCAUAGAGUAAGAAGUGUACCUCGUGGUAUUUUUUGAAGAGUUUAUAAAUUUAACAUUUGAGUGAAUAGAAAAUGGAAGUGUACUGUCUCACCGAACCAAAAUGUGAAACACUGCGUCUCUUUGACCUCCAUGAUCAGUAGCUUCAUCCUCUGCAGCACUCCCAGCUGAUGAGAUACAUCUGCGCUCAUACAGGUUUGGGGUUGACCCAGUCACCUUUUUAACAUUCCUUAUGGACAGAUCUCACUGAAAAACAACCAAUAAGACAAAGAUCCUUCUUUCAAUGAAUUGUGAGUUUUUUUUACUGAAUGUUUUUAUUUUCAUAAUUCAAAUGCUGUAUUUGAGUUAGAUUUUGAAUGAUGUGUACUGUUGUGGCAUAAACCUAAUGUAGAGGUACAAUAGAGACGUGAGAUGUUGUGUAUGAGUGAAUUCAUGAUCAAGCUAUGAAAGUAAGAGUUACACCGUCAGAUGUGAGCUACUGAUGACUAUUGUACCAGGGACAUAGUUGCAUACCUGCCCUCUGCCUUAACAUGUUUUAUAUGUAAGUCAUAUUUAUUUGUUCUGCCUGCUCUCUAAAGCAUUAAAUAUUUUUUCAAUACUGUACAACCUGGUGAGUGUGUGUUACUAAGCGAUAUAAUUAAAGUGGAGUGUUGCUUAGAGUGACUUUAUUAGGUAUUCAGAGUGAAGCCCCACCAGUACAUAACCAGAGGUACAAAGGCCAGGUCAUGGGACAGCACAUGACACUGCAGGGAUUUUCCCUCAUUGAGUAACUGGAGAUGGUGUGAGGCGGUGUUGAUAAGCCAAAUGUAUUUUCAUUGUUUUGAAAUAACACCAUUUCUUCAAGAAAAUUGUGAAAUAAAAACGUCUUUUGGUAUAUGCUUCUUUUUAGUUUACACAAAAAGCUGAAAAGAACACGGAGUAGCUUAUUCCACACAGAAAUCCAAAAAUGGCCCGAACAAUAUUGUAGGCACUAUUUUUAGAUGUUUCAAGCAGGGGAUACACCUUGAACUUACUUGUGGAAUCUAAUAAUCAGUUUAGAUUGUUCUGCUGUCUUGUGUCACUGCAUGUACCACGCAGAGCAUGGAGAAGUGAAAAAAGUAGAGGAUUGUCAGGAGAUCAGACAGAAGGAUGAAGCCAAACAUGAUCAAUCUCAAGGCUACAAGUCCAUCUCCAGAGAACCUGCUGUUCCGGUGUCCACCAUGCGUAAUGUUUUCAAGAAGAUGACUUCGGAGAACAGUUGACCAAAGACAGCAGCAAAGGAUUGUUGGAAUGGUGGAGAAAGGAGCUUGGACAACUGCAAAACAGAUUCAAGCUGACCUUCAAACACAAGUUACAAACAUUUCAACUUGCACCAUCUGUUGCAAAUCAAUAAAUGGAGAUUAUAUGGUUCUGGUUAUUCUAAGAAAGAGAAAAACAAAAAA